CAUUCAGUGAACUUGUGUGGUUGUAAACAUGAUUUUUAUAUUAGUGAGUGUUGCAAUUUUGCUAAUAAUAAUAUACUUUUACUUCACCAGGACUUUUCAUUACUGGAUAAAAAGAAAUGUUCCCGGACCAAAACCACUCCCGUUCUUCGGUAACCUUAAGGAUUCUUUUUUAAGAAGAAAGUCUGUGAUUAUGGUUUAUAGUAGCAUUUAUGAGGCAUUUCCUAAUGAAAAGGUCGUUGGAAUUUUUAGAAUGACAACGCCGUGUCUUUUGUUACGUGAUCUGGAUGUAAUUAAGCAUGUGAUGAUCAAAGACUUUGAUUUGUUCGUGGAUAGAGGAAUCGAAUUUAGUGAUGAGGGUCUUGGUGUUAACCUUUUCCAUGCCGAUGGUGAAAGAUGGAGAGUUUUAAGGAACCGUUUCACUCCCCUGUUUACUUCGGGAAAGCUUAAAAACAUGUUGCGACUGAUGACUGAAUGUGGGGAUAAAUUUAUUAAUUAUGUUGAUAAAAUUUCUCAAAAGCAACCAGAACAAUCAAUGCAUCUUGUUUUUCAGCAGUACACAAUAGCAUCUAUAGCAGCAUGUGCUUUCGGUGUUGAUUUAGAUAAAGACAUGGUAAAAACUUUGGAUAGAAUUGACAAAUUAGUUUUUACUGUAAAUUACGGCAACGAACUUGAUAUGAUGUAUCCGGGUAUAUUGAAAAAGUUUAAUAGCUCACUCUUUCCUAAAGACGUAAGUACAUUCUUCGAUAACCUAACAAAAAGUGUUAUUGGACAAAGAGAAGGAACGCCAUCAAAUAGAAAAGAUUUCAUCGAUCUCAUUUUAGAAUUAAGACAACAGAAAACUAUAGAAGGGGCAAAAAGAAAUGAGGAUGAAGAUGUUAAAGCACUCGAACUCACAGACAGUAUUAUUGCAGCGCAGACAUUUGUGUUUUAUGUUGCUGGUUAUGAAACUGGAGCAUCAGUUCUUUCAUAUUUGUUCUACGAAUUAGCAAAAAAUCCUGACAUACAAGACAAGCUAAUUUCUGAAAUUGACACCAUUCUUAAACAAUAUAAUGGCGAUUUAAAUUAUGAAUGUUUAUGUAAAAUGACAUACUUAUGUCAAGUAUUAGAUGAAACUUUAAGAAAAUAUCCGAUGGGAGAUCUUUUGCAACGCAACGCUAAAACUGACUACACAAUCCCUGAUACUAAUGUUACUAUUCGCAAAGGGCAAACAGUUAUUGUAUCAGCUUGGGGUGUUCACCACGAUCCUAAACAAUAUCCAAAUCCAGAUAUAUUUGACCCGGAACGAUUCAGUCCAGAAAAUGUGAGCAAGAGGCAUUCUUGCGCGUAUCUGGCAUUCGGAGUUGGUCCCAGGAAUUGUUUAGGAAUACGCUUUGCUAAAUUGCAGUCUCAAGUAUGCAUCGUGAAGUUUUUAUCAAGAUUCCGUGUAGAUAUUUCAAAGAACACUCCGUUAGAAUUUAAAUAUGAUCCAAUGCGUUUAUUUGCGUUUCCUAUAGGUGGUAUUCAUCUUAACAUAUUACGUAGAGAAGUUUAAUGUUUUAUUGAAACAAUGACAAUGAAAUAGGUAAUGAUAUUUCAUUGAUCACAACCUGUUUUUGUUUUUGUGGUAAUACUAGCUGUCGUUCGCGCGGAAGAAAAAAAUACUUAGAAGCCUAUGUGUUCUUC